CCGCAGCCGGGAUCAAGGGGGACCGAAGUCCCCGCAAUGAAGCCUGCUAUGGCCUGCAGGGCUUGGGCGGUGCUGUUGCUGGCAUCCACCUCUUGCUUUGGAGCCCAUGGCCUCGUGACCCGGGAGGCAGCCGCACUGCAGGCGGCGCCCAGCCCCGCCGCGGCGCCGGCGGCGCCGGCAGCGAAGGAAGCGAAGGAGAAGACUGCGGCGCCCACCUACGCGCCACAGCCGAAGGUGGUGCCCUUGUCCAGCAGGAUUCUGCAGCCGAUCUUUGGGGAGAGCGUCGCCAACCUUGGCCAGCACCAGUUGUGGGUGAUUUGCCGCACUUUGAUCGGCUGGUCUGUGCUACUCUACGGCGUUUGGAUGUGGACUUGGUGGCUGCCAUCCCUCUACUUCCGCAUGCACGAGGCCUACGAGAAGGAAAGCAUCGGGGGCCGCACCUUCCAGCAGUACCUCACCUACCACUUCAACUAUUGGAUGGCCUCAGGCGGCAUCAGUGCCAUGUUCGAGUUGCUGGUCAUCGGCAUCUUGACGCUGCUGACCAUCGGCUCCUUCAUCUACGCCAUCCUGAUGCAGGACUCCCCGGUCCGGGGCCUCUGGCUCUGUACCGUGUGGGCCUCUGCGGCGUCGGUAGACCCGGCAGUGACCGCCAUGGAAGGCGGCGUGGGGAUGAUCGCCACCUUCGGCGGGCUGGUGCUGCUGGCGGUGCUGCUGACCACCAUCUCCGACUUCUUCGCGGAGCAGCAGCGGAAGUCCAAUGAGGGAAGGGACCCAAUUGUUGAGGGCAGCCACCUGGUUCUGUUGGGCCUGUCCUCCCAGACGAAGCAGUUCUUGGAAGAGCUGGCCAUCUGCGAGGCCAGCGGGGCGCCCAAGACCAUCGCCAUCCUGGACAACAUGCCCAAGUCCGAGAUUGAGGAGGAGAUCAAGCGCCAGAACACGAACACGGGGGACCUCAAGAUCGUUUGCCGAAAAGGCUUGCCGUCCUCUGCAGAAGAUUUGUGGAAGGUGGGUGCGGAUGUCGCCAGCAGGAUCGUGAUCCUGGACGAGCCCUCGCUGCCCCGGGACGAGGCGGACGCCAUCACCUUCGGCACGCUGCUGACCCUGCGGGGUCAGGGCAAGGAUGGCUGGCCCCACAAUGGCCACAUCUCCGUCCAGUGCUGCCUGGGCAAGAAUGUGAACUUCAUGAAGAAGCUCUACCCAGGCAAGACCUUCGUGCUGAGCGGCGAGCGCUUGGGCCGGCUCAUGGUGCAGAGCGCGCAGGAUCAGGGCCUCUGCCCCAUCUUCAAUGCCAUCAUCGGCUUCGAGGGGGACGAGUUCUACGCCGCGCGGGCGGAUGUGCUGGGGCUCGCAGGGAAGAGCUUCCAGGAGGUGCCGUUCUGGUGCGAGCACACGGUGCCCAUUGGCAUCCGUGACAGAUCAGGCGCUUACCGCAUCAACCCGGAGAAGGAAUACAAGAUCCGAAAGGAUGACGAGGUCAUUGUGCUGGCUGAGGACGACGACGCGCUGCAGAAAAUGGACGCGCCGCUCAUGGACUUUGAGGCCUGGAGGCGGAGGUUUGGGACUGCCAUCUUCGAAGAAGCAGAUCCCAAUGACCAUGAAGUGGUGCAGGUGCUCAUUUGCAACUUCACGGAAAGAGGAUAUGGCUGCGCCAUCCUGUUCGCCCUGGAUGAGAUGUGCGCUGCCGGCUCUGAGUGCGACAUCUUCUGCUCCCUCCCGGAGGAGGAGGUGAGGGCCAUCAUCAAGAAUGCCGAGGACGAGACGGAGAGGCAGUUCAGGAACAUCAAGGUGAGACACGUGCACACCACGGCCAAGCAUCAGAUGACCUCGCAGCACAAGAUCAAUGUGCUACCUUUGCAGGAUUACGCCUUCCACUUCAUCCUGGCAGACCAAGAGCUUGGGUUUCAGAAGGCUGACGAGCAAACGGUGGCGAUGAUCAUCCAGAUGAAGAGUCUCCUGCAGGAGCGUGCGCCGGAGCUGGACUUCAACCCGCUGGUGGAGAUCUGCACCCCCAACGCGGCCUCCCAGCUGGAGCUCUGCGGCAUCCAGAACACCAUCAACACCAUCUCCAUGAUGUCCAAGGCUUUGGCGCUGGUGGCCAUUGACACGCUGGCGCACGGGGUGCUCUCUGACCUGCUGUCAGCCACUGGCAACAACAUGGACAUCACGUUCUUGAAGGAUUACUUGGGCGACCAGCCGCUGCCAACACAGAUCAGCUUCGUAGAGGUCACGGCCAUGGUGAACCGCUCGGCGCAUCAGGUGGUCGUGGGCUGGUCCGAGAGCAACGAAGCAGGCGAAAGAGUGUGGGUGGUCAACCCCAAGGACAAGCUGCAGCCGCGACCUUGGUCCCCCAGCGACAAGAUCGUGGUCAUCAAGGACGUGUGAGGGGGAUUUCCAGUUCCUCUGCCCGGAACUGCCUCUGGACGGUGAA